AGUUAGCUUCCAGAAAAUAGUUUAUUCUCUACAAAGUCUUGGAAUCUUCAAUCGCUUUAAACGACUGCGAGAAAUGAGUAUUCAAGUCUCAAAAUGGACGAAGUUUUUUGCGAAUGCCGGCAUACCAAGCGGACCAGCACAAAACUAUGCUGUGAUAUUUUAUGAUCACAGAAUACAAGAGGAUAUGCUGUCAGAUUUGACAAAGGAAAUUUUAAGAGACAUGGGAAUCACAGUGAUGGGUGAUAUCAUUGCUAUUCUGAGACAUGGUAAAGAAGUUCAUGCUCAGACUGAGCGAGAGAAGUCAGCUAAAGAUUUGGCUGUCAUAGACUCAUCUGAGUCUUCUUCUCCUGGAAAUCAAACUCCCAUUGGUGUAAAACGCAAGUCAACAGCUGCAAGUCGAAUGGUAGAUCAUUGGAUAAACAAUCAGAAGGCACAAAGUGGCACCAGUAGUCCUGUACGUGAUCCACAACCAUCACUGUCUCAAUCACCAGCACCACCAAAGAAAAAUCUCAAAAUUGAAGCGGCCACGUCACAGGAGAAACCUCAGGCAACUGGUGGCCAGAAAACUUUAUCAGAAAGGUUCGGUGGUCGCGGAGUCAAAGUCCAUGUCACAAGUAAACCUAAAACAGCGGCAGUAAAUCCACCCAAAGUUGAAGAUGAACACACAUUAAAGGUUAAGCUGCCUCAGGGAUCCACUGAGCGGAGUAAGAAGCUUAUUUCGAAGCAGAAACAAGCUGCAGCUUCGGCCGCAGUUAAUAAAGCCAAGGUCAUCAAGAGGCAGUCUGUAUUUGAUCGCUUGGGUAAAGAAAGUCCUCCUUUAGAGGUGGCCGUCAAGGAACCGGAGCAGAAGACUGAGGUUAAAGCCCUGAAACCCCUGAAAACAAGCAUCACAGUUCAGUUAAAGGAAAAACCUCAGGGGUCUGUUUUCAGUCGUCUCGGUGGCCUGGCCUCACCCCCAGCCACAGCGACAGCAACGGUUCAAGCAGUAAAUCCUAGAAUUCGUCCCCCUUCCAGCGACGAUUACCCAGAAGAUAUAGACUACACGAGUCACAGUGUGUUGAAACCGGUCAAACGCAAAGGUGUUCCAGCCAAGCCAGUUAAACCUGUUAAACCGGUUAAAAGAUCCACGGGUCUCACUUCUGAUGAAGAUGCAGGAAAAUCCGUAUUUGCGCGUCUGGGCUCGAAAGUGUGAAUUGCGUUUGUCGAGGGUUUUUGAAAGCCGAGCGUUGAAAAUUAAAUACAUCAGUUCUUCGAGGAAAAAGAUGGGAAUUCAUUGAGAUGGUGCUCAGUGUAAGGAUGACCUUAAUUUUCGAAGCAAGUGACUCACAAUGAAGUAUUUUUAAGAAUGCUUUUAUAACAUUUGUAACUUUUUAAUCCUUCUCCAAAAAAGGACGAAACUUGCAACGAAACAAUUCAAUGAAAUAUUGAAAUUCUUAAUUCGCCAGACACUGCAAAGGGCAGAGACGAUGUUUUUAUGAUGUCAAACACGUUGUUAUUAGUGUUAAAAUAUGAAACUGAAUAACUGAGACUCUGCAAUGAGAAAAAAUAUAUUUGUACACGACACGAUUAACGUCUGAUUUUGGAUUUUGGACAACAGUGUUUAAUUUUGGAAUUUAGACAUUAGUGUCCAAUUUUGGAAUUUGGACAGUGGUGUCCAAUUUUGAAAUUUAGACACUAGUGUGGAUUUUUGGACACUUUAUGGGUCCGAUUUUGGAUGCCAAAGCCCAAAUAAUGAGAAACUGGUCGUUGGUUAUUGUUACUCGACUUUGUUUGCGUACGAGACGUUCACACUCCUCAUUCAUAUUAAAGUUUGGUCUUAAAACUUCAA